AUGCAUUUCUGCCUCUAUAUAGUCUGGGUUGCUGCCGUUGUCCGGCCAGCUCGAGCUCUGCCAAUGCGAGAAGAUAUAGCUGUUUUAGUUCGUGGUUCGAUGGGCGGAAGACCCUUCAAAGUUGAGAGAGGCAACGAUGGCCACUGUCAGGAGGGAAUCAACGUAAAGAGAAGCGGUUUCUCUCAGUCUCGGAGGUGGCGUGGCUGGGUAUCGGGCAUUGAAGCUACGCUAGGCAACAUAUACAAAUGA